AUGGAGUUGCUUGCGAUCAUGGUCCUUUGCUCAUCCUUUUUGGGGGUCUUAGCGCUGGCGGCUCUUGUCACAGUCAGUUGCCGACGUCUCCGCCAACGGGAAGAGUCUGUGAGGGGUUUCUUGCGCGGACUUUGGAAGGAGCGGCUUGGAAAGUUCACUUGCUCACGACAACAGGGACGUGCAGACAAAGACUUCCAGGAAGCCUUAUGCAGGCUGCUCGUCCGAGCGAGCCGCUGGUUUCUGCCGUUCUACGUGUUCCGGUUCGGCCUCAUUCAAUAUCGAUAUUUCAUGUCCAUUCCCCACCCAACUCCUGCUGUCUUGGAUCUGUCGGAUUUAGUACUUUAUCUAUUUAUCUUGCUUUGGUCAGUCUUUGGCUGUAAGCUGAUCACGCCUCGCAGCCUGGAUGCUUGGACAACCCUCGUGUUCAUGAUUGGCCUCGCACCUACGGUGCUGAAUUCAGAUCCUCGCUUCACUAGUGUGAUUGCAACCCGAAGCCUGACCCUCCGAAUGGUUUGCUGCCUGACAGCCAAGCACUUCUGGUUGUCCUGCAUUUUGACCUGCCUUCAUUGGUUGGUGGUCUUCUAUCGCAUCAAUUUCGGCGCUGUCACAGAUGAACCAGGCAUGGAAGUUGUAGCCCAUGUUGCAGUCGUGCUUCUUGCGUACGUGAUGAGAGAGCAGAUUUGGACAAAUACCUGCAUUGCUCUGGAGCUGAAGAGCAGCACCACUUCGUUGUAUUCAGUCUCAAGGCUACUCCGAGGUUUCUGUGACGUAGUGGUCGAGCUCGACGACUCCUUGACCCUUUGCGGGGACACGAGCAAGCUGGCGACCAUGCUGCUGCAUGGGAAGGGAAUGUCAGCCAGCCAGGACAACAGCAGGGACUUCAUCGGCUACUUUAGCCCAGCAGACCGUGAACAUAUUGCCACACAGCUGCGCCUAGAUGACGGCAACUCCGUUCCACAAGCGCUGCAUGACGCGGAGGGACGCGCUCGGCGGCUGGUCGGUGUGCGAGAGUUUCCGGACUUCGCGCCUGUGGCCCCCUUGGCGGAUGAUGUGGAGAUGUCCAAGUUCCCAGCAGCAAGGCCGGUGCUGCUUUUUGACGCCCUCAGCUUCGAAGUGCUCUACGUGGAUUCCGAUGUUGCGGAUACGCCGGGGGAACCACGAGAGGGGUCAUCGGUUGUCAUGCUUCACCAGUUCCUGACCUACAAGGAGCUAGCGCAGCUUCAACACGUUGUCAACGACUGCGAUUUCCAGAACUUGCAGAACAAGCCCGUAGCUGACCUGGACUUUAAGCUUGCCUGGGGCAGGGUUCGCUGCGUCCGAUUCGAGCAUGAUGUGGCAUUGUCUACUUGGGUUGGCAGCCUCUUCCUGGAUAUCCCGGCUAACUAUCUGCGAGGGAAGGCGGCCACCAAGAGGUCCAGAAAGCAGUCUGGGAGUAGUGGACCCAGUGGUUUGACUGGCCCCUUGGCCCGAAGCAUGCCAGGCAGGCAAGUCAGCAAAGGCAGUGUAAAUGAGCUCCGCUCCAUCUCGACAGUUGCGCUUUGA